CGUUCUCUCGGCUCGGUCGUUGGUUCCCGUCCGCGGAAAAAUGUCGGAAGUACUGCGAAGCUCCCUGGUGAAACUGCAGGCCCUCAUCGGACUGAUCGGCCUCGUGGCUCUGACUCCACUGCUCGUCUUGGCCGCGAUUCUCAGCCGGCUGAUCGCCAAACUCUGCUGCCGCCCAAAACCAAAGAGCAUCGAGGGAGAAGUGGCUGUGGUUACCGGCGCUGGUCAUGGGUUGGGUCGCGCCAUUUCCCUGGAACUGGCCAAGAAGGGCUGCCACAUAGCCGCUGUGGACAUAAAUUUCCCUGGAGCCGAAGGAACCGUCAAGCAAAUUCAGGAGAACUAUAAAGUUCGUGCCAAGGCGUAUAAGGCCAAUGUAACCAAUCACAGGGAGCUAGCUGAGCUGAACACCAGAGUGGUUGGUGAUCUGGGACCCGUAACCGUUCUAGUUAAUAAUGCCGGGGUAAUGAUCCAUCGUAACAUAUUGAGCCCGGACCCGGCCGAAGUGCAACUCAUGAUCGAUGUCAAUCUAACGUCGCACUUUUGGACCAAAAUGGUGUUCCUGCCACCAAUGAAGGCGUUGCGCAGGGGCUUCAUAGUCACCAUUAGUUCGCUAGCAGGGGUUUUCCCACUGCCCUACAGUACGUCCUACACAGCCAGCAAGGCUGGAACCAUGGCCCACAUGAGGGCCCUGCGCAUGGAGCUGGACCUGGAGAAGCAGAGGGACAUCCAUGUGACCACCGUGCUGCCCACCUUUCUGCGCACCAACGACGAGGUCACUCAGAUGUCGAACACCAUUGGAAUCGACGAGCUGUAUCCUCUGAUCAGUGGAGAGGAGGUGGCGCGCCGAGUGGUGGACGGAAUGCUGCGCGGUGAGCAUGAGAUCACCUUGCCGGGAUUGGCAGCCGUGCUGUACCGACUGGUGUUCCUUUUGCCCGCCGACUGGCAGGUUCGAAUGAUUCUGCUGCUCAGCGGCAAGCGGUUCAAAGAAUUCACAAACUUUCGAUCCCCAGAAGAGUGCGGUGAGAGUGGCAGGUAAAUAAAUAUGUGCAUACCCCGGUUCCGGUGGAAAGGAAA